GCGCAGUCCCAGUCCUCUGCUUCUCGAGCGAAGAGCCUGCUGGUGAUCGGACUGUCGCCUGAAGGGAAGAGGCCGAGCCGGCGUUGAUUCAAUUUUACAGCCCAGUCACUCUCUCUGAAGCUCUGAUUAGUCAACCGCCGGAGACGAGGGGGAGAGGAGAAGAAGAGAAGAAGACGCAGAAGAAGAAGAGGAAUAGUGAUGGCUGUGACCGACAUUGCGGAGGAUGACCUGGAUGAGAUGAUGCGCGAGGAAGCGGAGGAUGUUUUCUACGAGGACGGAGUGUCGUCCCGCGUCCCGGAGAUCAUGGCGGCCGGCACCCACUCCCCCGGAGGGCCCAACGGUAUAAUCCGUAGUCAGUCCUUCGCCGGCUUCAGCACGCUACAGGAACGACGCUCGCGGUGUAACUCUUUCAUGGGGAACUCGGCGGUGCAGAAGAAGCCUCAGUCCAAGCCAAAGAAGCCUCACCUGUCAGGACACAAGGGAGGCAGCAGCUCCAGAGAGCCACAGCCUAAAAGACUGGAGGAGGUUUACAAUGCACUCAAACAAGGCCUGGAUGAGUACCUUGAAGUCCAUCAAACAGAGCUGGACAAACUCAUGUCUCUGAUGAAGGACAUGAAGAGGAACUCUCGCCUGGGAGUGCUGUAUGAUCUUGACAAGCAAAUUAAAACCAUCGAGAGGUACAUGAGGCGUCUGGAGUUCCACAUGAGCAAGGUGGACGAGCUCUAUGAGGCCUUCUGCAUCCAGAGCCGUCUGAGGGACGGUGCCAGCCGGAUGAAGCAGGCCUUCUCCUCCUCUCCCUCCACUAAAGGCACCAAGGAGAGCAUCGCAGAGGUCAACCGCCGCUACAAGGAGUACACUGAGAACAUGAGCACGUUUGAGAGUGAACUGGAGAACCUGCUCGGGGAGUUUCAUAUCAAAAUGAAAGGUUUGGCAGGCUUCGCUCGGCUCUGUCCUGGAGACCAGUAUGAGAUCUUCAUGCGGUACGGUCGCCAGCGGUGGAAGUUGAAGGGAAGGAUUGAAGUGAACUCCAGACAGAGUUGGGACGGAGACGAGAUGGUCUUCAUGCCUCUCAUCACCGACCUCAUCAACAUCAAGGUGACGGAGCUGAAGGGCUUGGCCACUCAUAUGCUGGUGGGCAGCGUGAUCUGUGAGACCAAGGAGCUGUUCACUGCCAUGCCUCAGGUGGUCGCUGUGGACGUCAAUGACCUGGGGACCAUCAAACUCAACCUGGAGGUCACGUGGUACCCGUUCGAUGUCGAGGACCUGACUCUGUCGUCUGGAAACGUGAGCAAAGCCACAGCACUCCAGAGACGAGUGUCCGUCUACAGCCAGGGCACACCGGAGACCCCUACCUUCCAGGACACCUCCUUCUUUAAGUGGCGGCCAUAUCCCGUGGAGCGCCAGCGCCUCUCCUUCCUGCACAUGCUCCGAGACACCCUGCUAGAGAAGCUAAGGCGCAGUCGCUCGUUUGGUGACCUGGCCUCACUGCGGCCAAGGCCCAAAUCCAGUCUGGAGGUCUAUUCCACUUUACCAGAUGAUGUCUUCGAGAACGGAGGCUGCGGCGUGGCUGAGUGCAAGCGACUCUCUUUCACCUUCUCUGACACCUCUGGUUCCACGCCCAGCCCCGCCCCAAGCUCCCACUCCCCCGGCCAGUCCAACCCUGAGAUCACAGUCACUCCUCCAGAAAUGGACCAAUCACCUUCACAAAUCCUCCCAACAAGAGAGGACUCUAUCGCUGAGGAGCAUUUAGUGGAGGAAGAAGAAGAAGAGGAGGAGGAGGAGUUUGAAGAGGAUGGGGAGACAGGUAGCAGAGGAAGUAGGCGCACCAGUGCGAGCCUCGCCAGCGAUGAAGCUGAGGCGGCAGAGGACUCUGAGUGGGAGCGCACAGAGUCCCAGCGAAAUUCUGGCUCCAUGUGUGGUUCGGCUGCUCCGUCCCUGUGCUCUGACGGCCACCUGUCUACGGUGGCUCCAGAGGAUGUUUUCUUAGACCACACCGAUGAACUGAAGCCUGUGGAACUGGACACAGAGGAGGCGGGCAGCCUGACUAGGCAGCUCGUGAAGAGGCUGACUUCUUCAGAGAUUGUGCCGCCAAGUGUGAGCUCCACGGAGGGAGGAGGAAACCUGAGCUGGGCAGGAGAGGGGAGCAGGGCUUUCCUGGAGAGCAGCCUGGAGGAGGCCAUCCACAGCCUGCUCAUGAGGCUGGAGUCUCUGACUCACCGCUGCCGAGAGCUGCAGGACCUGGAACAGGAAGUGAUGCGCUUGGAGGACCUGCUAAAGUGCCGUCUCCCGGGUCACCGGAGCCGUUCGUCCAGCCUCAGUCUGACAGUGGAGAGCGCCCUGGAGAGUUUCGACUUCCUCAACACUUCUGACUUUGAUGACGAGGACACCGGAGACGAUAACGCCGUUCUCAGCACCCCCCCACAGAGGUCCCCGCUGUUUGAUGCAGAUGGAGAAAGGAUCAGCAGCCAGCAUCCAGAGGCCAGAGGACACCUGAGUGAAGCCCUGACAGAGGACACCGGGGUGGGCAACAGCGUGGCAGGAAGCCCCCUGCCGCUCACCACUGGGAACGAGAACCUGGACGUGGCGAUCGUCAUCCACCUGCAGUACUGUAAUCACCUCAUACAGUUGUUGACCAGUGGGCUGGGCGUGUGGCAGCGUCGCAGUCUUCUCCUCAAACUGUCCGGACAGACUGAGCUGUUAGAGGAGCUCGCAGAGAUCAGCGCCGACAGACUGGGAGCAAUUACAUCUGCUGCUGAUGUUCUCCCGGGGCUCGCUGAGCGCCCACAGCUAAUGACGCUGUGGUCAGAGUGCAGCGGGUCUGCAGGACUUUUCCACACCACACUGGACAGAGUGUUCAAACACAUGAACCAGCGCUACACAGCAGUGCUGCAGGAGAGACACCCACACAGCGCUGGCACAGUGAUUGGUGUUGUAGUGGGCGAGAUGGUCGACCGGAGAGAUCUGGUGGCGCCACACAGUCCUCCUGCCGCCGAGCUGUCCCAGGACGUCCUGACGGUGUUUCAGUUCCACAGCUACAUCUUUCAGCAUGAAGUGCAGGACAUGGAGACACACCUGCUGCAUCUGGCCAGAGAAGAGGUGUUUGGAGAGGCUCUGUGCAGUGGGGAUUAUUCUCAGUGUCUGGCGGAGCUGGAGGAGGUGCCCGUGUCGUCCCUGUGGCCUAGAAACAGCACCCUGAGGGCCCUGGCCUCCCUGCUCACCGCAGAGGACCCUCAGGUCAACAAGGCAGCAGCCGACUACCUCUGUUCUUCAUCACACAGCCACUUCAGGACCAGAGCAGUGGAGUGCUACACCCACGCGCUGUCAGAGGCUGGAGUUCAGAGCCAGAGGGCGGCAUGUGCAGGUCUCAGCUGUCUGCAGGCAGUGGAGAGCAUUAAGGCGGUGGUAGCACUGUGUGAUUCAGCUGAUGAAGAGCUUCGCCACGUUGCCAUCGAAACCCUGCUCACAUUUGGUGAGGAGGGGCGGCUGGCGUACGAGCAGCUGGACACGGUGCCGGGGGAGAUCGUCCGUCUGGGCACACGGCGAGGAAACGCUGUCACCACUGCCUUCUGAGCCACCGUGCCACCAAAAUACAUCAAACAUUACAUCUCAGCACUGCCCCCUCUCCCUCAGCUACCCCCCACACUGCAAACCUCACAGGGCGGUUAAUGACUGAUCACUUUGUUGAUCUGCUUUUUGGGCACAGACUUUAGGAUCUCCACACUGCCACAUUAGAUCACUAUUCUUACUGAUACUGCCUCCUAAUAGGUAAUAACACCAAACAAACUGUCUUAACCACACAAGACACACAACCUAUACCCUUCCUGCACACACACUUACAGUCCUUGUUCCUCCAUCAUCUCUCAGACACCCCCACACACUCCCCUCCCCUUACUCUCCCUGCUUUCUGAGCCAGGCAGACCGGUCACGUUGAGUUUAACUGGAAAGCACGAAUUCGACUGGACACAAAGCCGCUGAACGCUGCUCCAAAGACUCAAAAACUGUGGAAUUCGAGCAAUCCAUCUUCACCCUUCACACAACCUCCGUCAGCAAGCCACUGCACACAACACUUGUAUCACUUACUCACUGAUUAACCACCUUGAUUGUUACAGUUGUGUCACACAAUAUACUAAGUAUGAUCUUUGUAUAAUCACUGUCUAUCAUUGGAAAUGUUUUCUGGCGCUUUCGGAAGAUUUGCACUGUUGUAAGGCAUGUAAAUAUGGCAUAUUUUACACAACCGGUGUAAUAUAUGUGCUUGUAUUCAAAGUAUAUUUUUAAGUUCUGUUUUCUAGUACGUUCCAUUUUGAGUUUCAGGGAUUCUUGUACGAUUGGAGGUCGGAUGUGCGUUUUUUGUUGCAGGGAGGACCAUUAAUAAGUUGAGAAUGGAAGUGAUGUUGUGGUUAAAAAGCCCUACUUUAACAGCAGUUUACAGUCUCAAACAGGUUUUGAUCUCAGCGAUCUGUCAGUGGAGGAAAAGGAAAAACUGAAGGGUGGAGGUGAAACAGGUCACAGCAAAGUGCCCACGUUUCACUCACUCGGCAGUUCAUAUCAGAGUACUGCAGUUGAAUAAGUGCAAUUUUUCUGUAUAUACGUGACUCUUUUGCACCUCGCUGACAUCAGAAGACAUUUGAUGAAGUCAGCUUUGACCAUUUGAGCCUUGAUGUGGUCGAGCACGCAGGUGUCCACAAAUACACUCUUUUGUAAAUUUAUUUUUCCUACCAGGUACAGAGCAAGUCCAGGGCAAUAAAUUUGGUUUAGGGUCGUGAUCGUGCACUUUCUCAAUACCUGUACAGAGAGGAGGAUCCUUCAAGCUAAGUAAAGGCCUCAGUUUUGGCUAACUGCACAUUUAUACAGUUUGUGAGCUAAUGGCAGGAUAAGAAAUGAAGCUUUUCUUGUGAGAAGCUGCAGAAUGAAGUGUUUUGUUUUGGGUCUGUUUUAUUCCCUCCAUCCUAACUGUACUGUGGGAAAACUGACCCGAGGGAAGCGCCUAAUUCCAACUUUUCUCAUUGUAACUGUACUACUGAGUCUUGUGCUGCUGCACGAUGACAAAACUCACAUAUGUUCACACAUCUUAUUUAUUAUUUACUUGUAAUUCUAAUAUUCUUUGGAGUUAUACUGUAAUAGUGCAGAUGACAUUGUUAUGUAAAUGAAAUGUAUAUUUAUGUUCUACUUUGGAUCAGGUCUAGUGUUUGAAAUAUUGUUUAUCAUUUAAAAAGGCUUCCAUGUUGUUAUCAUGCAAAUGAUCUCAUGCUUAACUUUAAUUGGAGUUUAUUUUGAAGGAAUUAUAAUAGAUGAAUCAUUAUUUUGGAGAAGAUUAAGAUUUGCUAAUAGUUUAAUAAUAUUAUAGAUUUCUUUUCCCUAAAAGGUCCAUAAUGGGACAAUAUAUAUUAGAAAUGUUACUUUAUUACUUAGAUUUACUGUAACCAAAGGAAGAUUUAAUUUUAAAAUUUUAUUAAGUGAUCAUAAUUCAUAAAUGAGAAUGUAUUUUCAAUACAACGUUUGCAUUUUGGCCAGAAUACACAGACUCAUCUUUAAAAGCACAAUUUAAAAACAAGACAAACCCAUGAUAUAUGAAUCUUAUUUGGUUCUAACUGCACAGUCCAAAAGCCAUAUUGAUUAAAAGCAAGUGGUGAUAUUUUUAUGAAAUGCAUUUUUUUUCUUUUGUAUUAAAUUGUGUAAAUGUGUGAAGUUAUUACUAAAAGCUAAAGACUUUUUUUUUUCUAUACAGCCUUUUGCAAAACACGGUCCACAUUUUAAGUAACAGUUACUUUUAUUUCUUCCAUGAUGUGUAUAGCAUUACAGUAUUUUGGUAAAAAUACCUAAUUCAUCCACUCAUUCAGUGUUCUUCUUAUUCUUUUAGUAUUCGAGUGAGCUACUUUUGCUUACAGAAAUCUGCAGUUUACCAGUGUUAAAUCAAGUUGAUUCAUUGGCUGUUCAAUCCCUAAUCACCACAAAGUACAAGUUGUCAAAAUGUGCACAUCUUUAAUUAUUUCCAGACUUUCCAUAACUUGCUACACUUUGCUGAAAUGUAUCUUUUUCACUAAAUUGAUCUUAUUCAUCUCUGUAGUCAAUAGCUUCGGUACUGAUCUGUUUAGUUGCAUACUACACUUCUCCAUUGUGGUUAGCAGUAUUUCCUCUGCUCAUCAAAGGUUGCAAUAAAGUUUAUUUUUGCAUAAUUAAAA